UCAGAGUAAAACAGAUGCAGCAUUUAGGACAGUUUAUCGUUCAUUAUUAAUUUUUUCCCCCUAAAAUGUGCAGAGAUUAAUGUUUCUGACAGACUCACUUUAGAAUGAAAACCGUUUGUUUUGGGUGAAGCAGGAAGCUCCGCCCCCAACAUCUACUGCCUGAACUGAAACAGCAAGCUGGGUGGGAAUUGUUUCUACUGUCUUUUUUUACAAGGUAUGUUCAGAUCUCUGGAGAGAAAAGUAAAAAUGUGAGCUUUAGAGCAGGUUUAAUUCUGAACUUUGGGAUGAAACACACCUCAGUUGGAGCUGAACUAAAGCAGGAAACAGUUUGCGAUCGUUGUUUCCUGCAGAGAGACUCCCAGACGAUCAGAUUCACCUUCAGACCAAACUAGCAGCUUCCUCUGAGUGAAUCCAGCUGCAGGAGAGAAAAGUGGAAACCCCCAACUCUGCUGCUUCAAGCUGCUCACACUGAAGCUUCACUCAGAGACAACAUGGCUUCCAUGUUAGAGGAGGAUCUCUGCUGUCCAGUCUGCCAGGAAGUCUUUAAGGAUCCGCUUGUUCUGUCAUGUAGCCACAGCUUCUGUAAGGAAUGUCUGAAGAACUGGUGGAGAGAGAAACCAUCAAGAGAGUGUCCAGUUUGUAAGAGGAAAUCUUCUAAGGCUGAUCCGCCUUUAAAUCUGGUUCUGAAGAACCUGUGUGAGACUUUCUUACAGCAGAGCGAUCAGAGACUUUCAGAGGAUCUCUGCUGUCCAGUCUGUAUAAAAGUCUUUAAGGAUCCUGUUGUUCUGUCAUGUAGCCACAGCUUAUGUAAGGAGUGUCUGAAGAGCUGGUGGAGAGAGAAACCAGCAAGAGAGUGUCCAGUUUGUAAGAGGAAAUCUCCAAAGGCUAAUCCGCCCAUAAGUCUGGUUCUAAGGAACCUCUGUGAGACUUUCUUACAGCAGAAAAAUCAGAGACUUUCAGAGGGUCUCUGCAGUCUGCACUCAAAGAAACUCAAACUCUUCUGUCUGGACCAUCAAGAACUGCUGUGCUCAAUCUGUAGAGAUUCAGAAAAACACAUCCACCACAGAUUCAGACCAAUCCGGGAAGCUGCUCAGGAUCACAGAGAGAAUCUGAAAAUAUCUCUGGAGUUUUUAAAGAAGAAACUGGAGCUCAGAAAGGAAGUUAAAGAGAAGUUUGAUCAGACAGCAGAACACAUGAAGGUCCAGGCCCGACACACAGGGAGGCAGAUUGUUGAGCAGUUUAAGAAGCUUCAUCAGUUUCUAGCAGAGGAAGAGGAGGCCAGGCUGGCUGCACUGAGGGAGGAAGAGGAGCAGAAGAGAGGGAUGAUGAAGGAGAAGAUGGAGGCUCUGAGCAGAGAGAUAGCAGCUCUUUCAAACACAGUCAGAGCCACAGAGGAGGAGCUGAGAGCUGCAGACGUCUCAUUCCUGCACAACUACAAGGCUGCAGUGGAAAGAGUCCAGCGCUGCCCCCUGCUGGAGGAUCCACAGCUGCCCUCAGGAGCUCUGAUAGACCAGGCCAAACAUCUGGGCAACCUGGCCUUCAACAUCUGGAGCAACAUGAAUGACAUGGUGACUUACACUCCUCUGGUUCUGGACCCAAACACGGCUCAUCCAGGACUCCACCUGUCUGAAGAUCUGACCACUUUGACUCCAGGAGAGGAACAGCAGCUUCCUGAUAAUCCAGAGAGGUUUGAGGUCGAGUGGUCGGUCCUGAGCUCUGAGAGUUUUAACUCAGGUAACCACAGCUGGGAUGUUGAUGUUGGAGACAGUGAAGGAUGGAUGCUUGGUGUGUUAGCAGAGCUUGUCCAGAGGAAGGGACUUUUAGAGUCUGGGUUGUUGGUUAUGUUGUUUAUUGAUGGUGAAUACGAAGCAUUUUCUCCACCAGCUCCUCCAACGUUUCUCUCAGUCCAGAAGAAGAUCCAGAGGAUCAGAGUGAAUCUGGACUGGGACGGAGGAAAGCUGUCGUUUUCUGACCUGGAUACUAACACACACAUACACACCUUCACACACACCUUCACUGACAAGGUGUUUCCAUACUUCAACACUGCUGAAGUAAAACUCUUACCGAUGAAGAUCUCAGUAAUCAAACAGCAGCUCUGAGGUUUUCAGCGUGAAGAACAAAAAGUCCAAAUUAUUGCAGUUGUGAGAAAUCAUUUCUGGAAAUAUGUGUCUCCCUCUUCUUUCAUCCUGAGCCGGGUUCUACAGAAUCCAGACCUGAAUGUUGAAUGUUUGUGAUUUUCUAUGUAAUCUGGAAUAUGACUCCUCAACAAUAUAAAGGACAAUAGUGAAGUUUGAGCUCUCCCUCAUUCUUUAAAGAGACAGUAAUCAUUGUGUAUGUAAACUUCAUGUCUCACAGACAUUCAUACAGUAUAUUUAAACGUUUGGUUGAAUGUUUAUCUUGGUAAACACUGCAUUAUGAGAAAUAUCUUACUUAAAAUAAAUUUUAUGUCACGUAAAUAUGCGUGUUUUUUUUUUGUUUUUUUUUACCAAAAUGUUUCUAGAAAUUAAAAGAAAGUAACAGAUUCUCUUUAUGGAUGUAUAAAAUAUAGUUUUAUUUGUCUUACAUAUAUAACAGUAAAGUGGUGAAAUAAUCAACAAUCAAUAAAAUACACAUAAAAGCUGUUUUGUUCUCAUAAACCAGGAGAAGUUUCUUCAUGUUUUUAAUAAACGUUUUAUUUACAGUCAGAGGCAGUGGCCUGGUUCCACUAAAGCUUUUUUUUCAGUCAGCUGUUAAAUGAAACAGCAACAAGUUUAAAACAUGAAAAUAUUUCCUUUGGAUAAGAUGGAGAGGAUGGACCGAGACACCAUGGAGCGACUGAACUAAUAAAGGUGCAAAAUAAAAUGAAAAACUAGAGAAAAGGUUUGAAUUGAGAAGCUUCCAGUGUUAGAAGGUCAUCAUGACACAAACUAGCUGCAUUUCCAACCUGAUGUGUACGUGCUGCAUCACAGCCAUGAAGGUUAGCAUAGAGUUGGGAUUUUAAUGAAGCAUUUGAACCAUUUUUCACUCCAUCUGAUCCAAACCGACCCUCUAGGACGGAAACAAACUGAUAAAGAUGUUAACCCCAGUACUAGUGUAUGAAUAAUUCUAAUUCUGCAUGGAUUAGAGAUAAUACACUAGUUAUUAAAAAAAAAAGACACUGGAGCUGCAUGUUUGAAUUUCAGUUCAAACAAAUCAUUAAAAUCAAAGCAUGAAUGUAACGUUGAGCGGACGUAAAGUUCUGAGAGGAACUGAAACAAAACCGUCAGAAAACUGCAAAAUGCUAAACUUCACUUGUUUAAUGAUAUUAAAA